GUUUGUUGCCGCAUUUCUCCGCUUGGCUUUGCGCGAGCGCGUCAAUCGGACCUGGCGCGGCUACUCGCGAAAGCUUUUUCCGGGCGCUUACUUCCGGUUGUGUUGUGUGGGGCGAGCUUCAACUCGAGUAACCAUGGCGGAUGACGGCGAACAAGCACCGACGACGGCUGUGGAGGAGCCGCUCGACCUGGUCAGGCUGAGUUUGGACGAGAAGAUCUACGUGAAAAUGCGCAACGAGCGCGAACUUCGAGGAAGGUUGCACGCGUACGACCAACAUCUCAACAUGAUCUUGGGGGACGUUGAGGAAACCGUGACUAGCGUUGAGAUUGAUGAAGAGACGUACGAGGAAGUCUAUAAGAGUACCAAGAGGUCCAUCCCGAUGCUCUUUGUUCGGGGAGAUGGUGUCAUCCUCGUGUCCCCUCCGGUUCGAGGCACAAACUAGGCCUCCACUUCAUCAUGCACAAGGUCAUCAUUACUGUCACCCAAUUGGAAAAGUGUCAAUAAAAAAAAGUUUCCAUCCACAUCA